UUGUUCUAUAUAACUAGUGUUUAUAUAUUGCACCGGACAGUAUUUUCUUUUACAAUACAAAUUACAUAUUUGUUUAUCAGAAACAAUAGAGACUCGACAAAUAAAGAUGAAACCAGCAUUCGUCUCAGAGGACAGGCUGACGUCGGGCCACCGGCUGUCUCAUCCAAAGCCUGGAGAGGAGGUCCUCAUCACCGGCAUCUCCGGCAGAUUCCCUGAUUCGGACUCCGUUGUACACUUGCAAGAAAAUUUGUUUAAUAAGGUGGACCUCGUUUCUGGGGACAGUCGUCGUUGGAAGCUGUCUCACCCUGAAAUACCACAGCGUACUGGAAAAAUCAACAAUGUCAAAAAAUUCGACGCAUCCUUCUUCGGCGUGCACUUCAAGCAGGCGCACACAAUGGACCCUAUGUGUAGAAUCCUUUUGGAGAAAACAUAUGAAGCUAUAUUUGACGCUGGUUUAAAUCCAAACGAGCUGCGGAACACUAAGACUGGCGUGUUCAUCGGUACUUGCUUCUCGGAAUCUGAGAAGACGUGGUUGUAUGAUAAUACCGAGAUCAACCAGUUUGGUAUAUUGGGCUGCUCCAAAGGGAUGUUAGCAAACCGUAUCUCCUCCUGGCUUGAAGUAACUGGACCUUCAUAUACCAUCGACUCAGGUUGCUCCGGUUCUCUGUACGCCUUAGAUCAGGCUUUCAAAGCUAUACAUGAGGGCCUUUGUGAUACAGCUAUUGUUGGAGGAUCGAACUUGUGCCUUCAUCCUUACGUAUCUCUGCACUUUUAUAGAUUGGGUGCAUUAUCAGCCGACGGAAGAUGCAAGACAUUCGACAACAGUGCCAACGGAUACGUUCGUUCUGAAGCAAUUGUUGUUUGCUUACUGCAGAGAGCCAAGGUUUCGAGGAGGGUUUACGCUCAAGUGCUUUACACUAAAACUAACUGUGAUGGCUACAAGGAACAGGGUAUCACCUAUCCAUCAUGUGACGCCCAGAAAUUACUACUCAGAGAGUUUUAUGAAGAAUGUUCGGUUCCAACCAGUGACGUUGAGUUUAUAGAUGCACAUGGAACAGGUACGAAAGCCGGAGAUCCUGUAGAACUUACAUCACUUGGAGAAAUCUUCUGUACUGACCGAUCUGAACCUCUCAUGAUAGGAUCUAUUAAGACUAAUUUAGGACACGGUGAACCUACUGCGGGUCUUUGUUCUCUUGCGAAGCUCUGCAUCGCCUAUACAACAGGAUAUAUUGCACCAAAUCUAAAUUAUAAAGUUCCACGAGAAGAGGCUUCAUUCCUCGUGGAGGGAAAACUCAAGGUGGUGACGGAAAAGCAGCCCUGGGUCAGAGGAAUGUUUGGUAUUAACAGUUUCGGCUUUGGGGGUGCCAACGCUCACAUCUUACUUAAAAAAUUUGCGAGAUCAAAGGUUAACAAUGGAAUACCAUCAGAUGAUUUACCUAGAUUGAUCUGUGUAUCGGGUCGCACUGAAUCGGCCGUGGCUAAGAUCCUAGAUGACCUCGAGUCGAGGACUGUUGACGCUGAACUUGUUAGACUUUUACACGCGAUACACGAUGAAAAUAUUAAAGGCCACGGUGUAAGAGGGUAUACUUUGUUGGAGUCCUCACCAACAAAGAGCAUUUCACUAGCUCGAAACAUUCAAAACUUCUCCGGUGUCCGGCGUCCAGUGUGGUUUGUAUACUCGGGUGCGGGAUCUGAAUGGGCAGGAAUGGCUACACAACUCAUGAGGAUUCCAGUAUUCGCUGAUGCUAUUGAAAAGUGCCACAAAAAACUGGAAUCUAAAGGCAUUGAUUUAAUCAAGCUCAUUACGGAUUCAGACACAAAGAUAUGCGACAAGAUCAUCAACUCCUUCAUCGGUACCGCCGCCCUUCAGAUCGGUCUCACGGAUGUCCUCAAAGCUGUUGGGACUGAACCAGACUUCAUCAUUGGUCACGGUUUGGGUGAAUUAGGUUGCGCAUACGCAGGUGGCUCUUUCACGACAGAACAGAUGAUUAUCUUUGCAUACAGUGAAGGUCUGGUAUCUGUUGAGACACCGUUUAUCAAGAGUUCCAAGAUUGAUUUGAUUGCUGGGUACAACGAUAGUCAACUGCUUUUCGAGAAGAAGGUUCAAUUAAUUCCUGAAACUGCGAUCAUUAUAGAAAUUGGUCCAAAUAGCCUCCUUCAGAAAAUUUUACGUCGCUCUGUCAAGAAGGAUUUCAUCAAUGUUUCUCUAACUAAGAGGAAUCAUGACAACGUACAGGUUCUCUUGACGGCACUGGGCAAAUUGUAUGAGGCCGGUCUGAACCCACACCACGCCAACAUUUACCCGAGCAUAAAGUUUCCUGUGUCGCAAGGCACUCCGAUGCUAUCACACCUUGUCGAGUGGGACCAUAGCGAGGACUGGUACGUCAUGUCAUACAAAGCACAAGAUAAAAUGAAUUCCAAUGAAAGGACUGUGAAAAUGUCCAUUACAAAUGAAAACUACGAUUAUAUGGUCGGGCACGUCGUUGAUGGUCGUAACUUGUACCCUGCAACUGGUUAUAUUGUUAUGGUAUGGGAGACCCUCGGUAUGAUGAUGGGAGAGCUGUUCACGGAAGUGUCCGUAGUGUUCGAAGACAUUCGAUUCCAAAGAGCAACUAACAUUCCCAAAAAAGGAGACAUAGAGUUCAUUGUGAUGAUUCAGAGCGGCAGUGGACACUUUGAGGUUGUUGAGAGUGGAACAUCCAUAGUGACCGGACGCAUAUUUGCAAAGAAGAACGUUGGACAGGAUUACCGUGUGCUUCCAGUUGAGCCGGAAGCUACUGGACCCAAUGCUAAGCAUCUACUGACAAAGGAAUUCUACAAGGAGUUACGUCUAAGAGGCUACCAGUACAGAGGCCUAUUCCGAGGCGUAAUCGGAUGUAACGUGGAAUUCACGCGUGGUCGACUGGCCUGGAACGACAACUGGGUCACCUUCAUAGAUUGCAUGAUGCAGAUGAGAAUCAUCGGUGAAGAUACCCGAAGGCUUUACGUGCCUACUAGAAUUGAGAAGCUGUGCAUAGAUUCUGAUAUGCACUAUGACGCUAUAUCCAAAAUGAACACAGAUUCUGCUAACCAAUCGUUUGAGAUUAAGGUUUAUCCGUAUGCUGAUGUUAUCAGGGCCGGUGGAGUGGAAAUUCGAGGCUUUCAUGCAACACCUAUUUCAAGAAGAAUCCCUCAUAGCGUACCAGUUUUAGAAAGAAACAUAUUCAUCCCCAAUAUGGGAAAGUCUACGAUGAAGAUAGAAGAUAUUCUCAGAAGCAACAUUCAGCUCAUAAUUGAAAACAUGCAUACAUACAAAGUUAAAAUUAGUGAAAUUGUUGACGAUGAAUAUAAUAGUAUUAUUGGACUUGAACCUAUUCGGAACAAAGUAGCGGAUGUCGUAUGCGAUCUGCCAUUGGUUCAAGCUGACAUCUCGGUUAUAUCUGAGAAAAAAUUAAAGGUUAUUCGAGGAAAUGAUAAUCUAAUACUUAUUGGUACUAAUGUUCUUCAGAGACCUGAUGUACUCAAUAGCGCGUCAAAGGCUGUCCAUGACGCAGGGUUUAUCAUAAGCCGAGAAAAAAACCUAAUAAAUCCAAAAGACUUCUCAGAUGUAUACGAUAUCAUUACCAUGCAAUAUACUGGCUUGGAGUGGAUAGUGCUAUUUCGUAAACGUGUUGACGCAAAAGCGACUAAAUUCAUUAAAGUCAUUUCAUCCGAUCAAACGUUUGCUUGGAUAGACAAAGUUAAGGAAGGACUUAAAGAUGGAGAAAAAGUUGUGUUAUAUAGUCAAGACGAGGAAAUAAAUGGACUUUUGGGUUUGAUCAACUGUCUGAGAAAAGAACCUGGUGGUGGAAUAUUUCAUGGUCUAUUGAUAGCCGAUUCUUCUGCACCUCCAUUCGAUCCAGAAUUAGCAUUGUAUAAAAAGCAGUUGAAAAUGGAUUUAGCAGUAAAUGUUUAUCAGGAAAAUCAAUGGGGUACGUAUCGUCACAUACUUUUGGAUAACGUUAAUGCGGUGCAGGCCUACCAUGCUCUAGUGAACACCCUCAGUAUUGGAGACCUGUCUUCAAUCAGCUGGCUGGAGGGACCAAUCAGAGAGAAUUCUGUUUUCAGUAACCCAGAAAACUAUAUCAUCCAUAUAUACUGUGCUGCUCUAAAUUUCCGUGACGUGAUUAUCGCAAUGGGCCGCGUGACAGUCGACGCCAUUGCGAGAGGCAGACUCGAGCAAGAGUACGUGCAAGGGUUUGAGAUCGUCGGCAGAACAUACAAUGGUACACGAGUUAUGAGCCUUGUAAAGAACAGCGGAUUGGCGAACAUGGUGGUAGGAGAUAGAACGCUCUGUUGGGGCAUCCCUGAUGAGUGGACCUUCGAGGAAGCUGCCACUGUGCCAGUGGCUUACACAACUGUAUACUAUGCCUUGGUGAUGGUAGGCCAGAUUCAAAGAGGAGAAUCGAUUUUAAUCCACGCUGGUUCUGGUGGUGUUGGUCAAGCUGCUAUCAACGUUGCUCUUUCCUUCGGUUGCGAAGUGUUCACCACCGUCGGUAGUCAGGAGAAACGGCUCUUCAUCAAGAAACUUUACCCACAGCUUAAAGACAAUCAUAUUGGGAAUUCUCGCGACACUUCCUUUGAAGACAUGAUAAGAAAAGAAACGAAUGGGCAGGGAGUGGAUUUGGUUCUUAAUUCUCUUUCAGAUGAGAGAUUACAGGCCUCAAUACGAUGCCUUGGCUGUCGCGGCCGCUUCCUUGAAAUUGGAAAGUUCGACAUCAACAACAACGAGCCCAUUGGCAUACACUACUUCCAGAACGAGAUCUCCUUCCACGGAAUAAUGUUGGACUACGUCCUCAACCAAGGCUUUGAAUUUAGAAAGAAUCUCCAAGAUCUGCUAUUAUCUGGUAUCCAAAGUGGCGUUGUCCGUCCGCUGACGCACUGCACCUUCGAGAAGCAUCAAAUCGAGACCGCAUUCAGGUACAUGGCCGCUGGAAAGCAUAUUGGAAAGGUGAUCAUUAAAAUUCGUGAUGAGGAACAAAACGGUCGUGCUACAAAACCACAGAAUAUAUCAAUUGAAGCUGUUCCUAGGUACAUGUGUCAUGAAGAUUUAGUAUACAUUCUGGUGGGAGGUCUCGGAGGUUUCGGUCUGGAGCUUGCAGACUGGCUUAUAGUGAGAGGAGCCAGGAAAGUGUUGCUCACAUCCAGGAGAGGAGUCAGUAAUGGUUACCAGUCAUCGCGUAUGAGAGCGUGGGCGGGCUAUGGAGCAGAUGUACAAAUUUCAACGCAUAAUGUCACAACAGAGGAAGGUUGUGAACAAAUGUUGAAAAUGGCGAACGCUAUGGGUACAGUCGAGGCGAUAUUCAACUUGGCAGUGAUAUUAAAAGAUUUGAUCUUCGAAAACCAGACUCCAGCCUCUUUUAAAGCUUCGUUUGCACCCAAAGCACUGGCAACGAUGUAUUUGGAUAAGCUAUCAAAACAAUUAUGCCCUAAAUUGAAGAACUUCGUGAUAUUUUCAUCUGUGACCUGUGGUCGCGGCAACGCCGGUCAGACUAACUACGGUUUCUCCAACUCCGUGAUAGAGAGGAUUUGCGAGUCAAGAAAGAAGCUCGGCCUCCCCGCGCUCGCCGUGCAGUGGGGUACCAUCGGAGAUGUGGGUCUGGUAGCGAACAUGCAAGAUGACGAAGAAGUCCAAUUGGAAUUCUGUGGAACUUUCCAACAGAGCAUUUCCUCCUGCCUGCAAGCUCUCGAUAAAUUCUUAAAACAGGAUGACGUGGUAGUGUCCUCGAUAGUUGUGGCUAAAAAAAAGACAGGAUGCUAUGGAUACGGAGGCAUUGUUGAUUCAGUUGCACAAAUUCUAGGUAUCAAGGACCUAAAGAAAGUAUCUCAUCAAGUGUCUCUCCCUGAUCUGGGUAUGGACAGUAUGAUGGCGGUAGAGAUCAAACAGACCUUACAGCGGGAAUUUGAAAUAGUCCUGUCAACCCCAGAUAUUCGAACAUUGACAUUUGGAAGGUUGAAAGCAUUAGCAGCUCAAAAAGAAGCGAAAGCAUCUACAUCCGUGUCAGCACAUACAGCGCGUUCUGAAGAUGGGGCUGGUCACCGAGUCCUCAUGAAAAACUUUGGUGAAGAAAACUUGGCCUUAAAACCUUUUAUAUACAUGCCAUCUUUGGUUAGCUAUUCGGAGCCAUUGACCGACUCAUCAAUUCACCAAAAGGAGUCGAUAAUGUUCAUACUACCCGGUUUAGAAGGUUGUGCCGCGGGAAUGGCGCCUUUAUGUUCUAAGCUUAAGAUAAAAACUUGUGUCCUGCAGUUUGGUAAUACAGAAAAGCAGGAUACCUUAAACUCUUUAGUCAACAGGUUACAUAAGACGAUCAAAUCUAUAUUAAAUCCUGGAAGUCCAUUCAUACUUCUUGGAUACAGCUUUGGUACUUUACCCACGUUGAAACUGGCGAGCAUUUUGGAAAGUGAAGGUCACGAUGGUACGAUAAUUUGCUUAGACGGCAGUCCGGAUUACCUCUACCGGAUGCUUACCUCGUCGAUUUCCGUCAAAAGCGACACUCAGUUACAAAACAGCCUGAUUAAGCAAAUCAUUGACAUAAUUGCACCAAAAAAUAAAGACAGUGACACACUCUUGGAGAAACUGAAAAAUAUCGAAUCUUAUGAUGAGAGGAUCACAUACGCAUUGAAAGUAUCUCCUCCUCAGCAGAAAUAUUCCGAUAAUUUCAUAAAAUCAAUUGGGAAAUCGAGUUUUGACCGUCUCAAAAUGAUCCUCAAUCAAGCAGAGUUAAAAAAGAUCAAGGCUCCAAUAACUCUAUUGCGUCCGAAAGAAAAUCCACCAUUCUUGGUGAUCGAUGAGAACUAUGGUCUUGAUAAAUUCUCAGAAGGUCCUGUGACGGUUCAUUUCCUCGAAUGUAACCAUGCCAGUAUAAUUGGGAAUAAUGAUUGUGUGAAUAUUAUCAGUAAAGUGUUUGCUGCCCAAGAUCGAGGAAAUAUUGACAAGGUUGCUAUAACAAGUACGACUAAGAAACAAUUGUCAGUGGGAAUUUAACUAUUAUAUGUAAUAUAUUAUAAAUAAUUUUGUAUAGUUAAUUUGUUCUUUAUUUGAAAUGCAACCAUCUGUUAAUAUUCUACCGUUAGGCGAAGGCUUCCAAGUGUCUUAGAAGAAACGACUUUUAAAAGUCCAUGUUUUACUUUCACAUAAAAUAUGAAGUGGUCUUUAUUUAUAUUGACCUGAUUCAAUACAAGAUUAUAAUUAUAGAUGAUAAAAAGCGUGGAGCUAAUACUUGUUGACUUUCGCACAGGGUAUAUUAAAUUUAAUUAAUAUAACUUUGUAUUUUAAAGUUUGAAAAAGAGUAACUACUGCGUUUUUUGGCGGCUCUUCUCUACAUGCCGAAACGGUGGUAGAUUCACUUAAUAUUGUCUUGUAAAAUAACGAUUUAAAAGUGCUUGUCAAAGCCUACUUGAAUAGAGUAUUUUUGAUUUUGUUUCAUUGUUAUUUUUGUUGACACUAUCAGCAAAUACGGUGCCACCUGUAACUGAAGCUUCAUUUAAGCUUGUACAAAAACGGUUUGUAGUUGUGUUAAAAAGGGAUUUGUAGCUUUUCCAUUACAAUACUUCCAUUUACAUUGAGGUUUUAGCAUGUUGUAGACUUACAUUCGAUCCACACAUAUUAUAUAAAAUUAUGUAACUCACAAAAAGCAAAAUAUAACUCCACUUUAUUUUGCACGCCCACUAAAAACUUUUCAUAAACGUUUUGAGGUUGACUGGUAAAGAAUGCGUUAAGCCCACCUUUUGUACAAUUGAAAUUCGUUAUGCAAUAAUAAAUAAAUAAAAAAUG